AUGAAUUUCUAUUGGAUGCGGGUUCAAAAAAAAUAUAUUAUUACUAUUAUAAUUUUAUUGUUAUAUAUAAGUAAAAAAUCAUUGUCACAAGGUAGAAGAACUAUAAAAAAAAGAAAUUUAUACUUUUAUUCACCUUCAAAUUAUAAUAAUGAUAUUAUAAUAUCAAAAGAAUCAACGCUUACAUCAUUGUUAAUACCAUGUCAAAUAUUAACAGAGGGUGAAGAACAUUUCUCAACAUUAUGCCAAAAACACUAUCAUAAUUUAGAUUAUUUAUGUGAUCCUGGUGGAUUGUUAAGUAGAACAGAAGCUGAUUUAUUACAUGGAUCAUUGAAAAAAAAUUAUACUACUUGUAAUUGCAAAGAUAGAUUAAAUAAAUUUUGUUAUAAUUAUACUUCUGAUGGUCGUAAAAAGUAUCGUGUUUACAUUACUAUUGUGCCUUUUACUUCAUAUGCAAGCUUAAAUGAAUGUAAUAAAAAUUACAUGGAUGAUGAAAAUCAAUCAUUAUAUAGAGCACAAUUUAUUUAUGGGCAAAUGUUGGCAGAGAAAUGGUCAAGUAUAUGUAAAGCUGACAUCUUUAUUGUUUAUAUUGAUACAUGGUAUCCAGAAAGAAUACAUAAACCAUUUAUGGUAACAUUAUUUCUUAACCAAUUAUCGUAUAUGUAUUAUCGUAGUAAAAUUGAUGUUCUUGAUAUUAAUACAAAUGUUUAUAGAAGAAUUUUUGAUCAUAUGAAAAAAAUUAAUAAAAUGAUAAAUUAUCAUAAUUUUUCUGAUACCACAAAACAACAAAUAUUUCCACCAUGGGCUAUUAUAACAUGUGUAUGUUUAUUAGGAAUGGUUGUAUUGUCAAAUUAUUUAGCUAAUAAAAUUAUUAAAGAAUGGACAUGUAAUAAAUCAACAAAACAGUCAACAUUACUUGCUGUCAAAAAUCAUUCUGAUCGUUUUCGUAUGGGUUUUGCUGGUCAUGUUAGACGUCAUGCUAAUCGACAAAAUAGUGUAGUUAAAAGUUCAAUGAUGUUUAGGCAAUUUUCAAGAUCUCGUGAAAAACAAUGGAUGUCUAAUGUAAAUAAUAUAUAA